AUGAGGCGCGCUCCGGCGGCGGCGCCCGGCUGCUCCUUCUUGCUCUCCUUGGCGCUGCUGGGCGUGUCGCUCGCCUGCCGCUCUCCCAGCCCGCGCGGCGUGCAGCAGCAGGCGUCCUCGGCGGCCGUGGUGCUGGAGGGCAGGCUGCAGGCGGGGCCCGGGCGGGCCAACAGCAGCGCCCCCGAGGCGGCCCCCUCGCCGCUGCUGGUGAAGGUGCUGGAGGUGUGGCCCCUGCGCAGCGGCGGCCUGCGGCGCGAGCAGCUCAUCCGCGUGGGCGCCCCGGCGGCGCGCUGCUUCCGCGCCGAGCGCAACGGGCGCUACAUCUUCUUCCUGGAGCCCACCGAGCAGCCGCUCCUCUUCGCGCCCGCCUUCGCGCCCCUCCACGCCGCCAGGGACCUCAAGAGGGACGUGGGCCGCGUCCUCUGCGCCGGCUGCGCUGUCCCUCCCAAACUAAAGAAACUGAAGAGCCUCAGCGUGGAAGUGGGGGCAAAGAUUUCUUUGAAAUGUGAGGCCAGCGCCGGGAAUCCCCAACCGUCCUACAAAUGGUUCAAAGACGGUAAAGAGCUGAAAAAGAGCAAAGAUGUAAGGAUCAAAUACGGGAAUGGAAAAAAAAAUUCCAGAUUGCAAUUGAAUAGGGUGAGAGUAGAAGAUGCAGGAGAAUAUAGCUGUGAAGCAGAGAACGUGCUGGGCAGGGACACAGUCAAAGGCACGAUCAGUGUGAAAAGUGUAAGUACAACUCUGUCCUCUGGGCCUGGACAUACAAGACAAUGCAAUGAAACUGUCAAGUCUUAUUGCGUCAAUGGUGGAGUGUGCUACUACAUCGAAGGCAUCAACCAGCUGUCCUGCAGGUGUCCGAACGAAUUCACAGGGGACCAGUGUCAGAACUUCGCAAUGGCCAGCUUCUCCAAGCACCUCGGAUUAGAAUUAAAGGAAGCAGAGGAGCUGUACCAGAAGAGAGUUCUAACAAUUACCGGGAUUUGUGUUGCAUUGCUUGUUGUGGGAAUAGUGUGUGUGGUAGCUUACUGUAAAACCAAAAAACAGAGGAAUCAAAUGCAUAAUCAUUUAAGGCAAAAUAUGUGUCCAGCUCAUCAGAACAGGAACCUUGCAAAUGGACCAAGCCACCCCCGACUAGACCCUGAGGAAAUUCAGAUGGCUGAUUAUAUCUCCAAAAAUGUCCCAGUAACUGAGCAUGUCAUACGAAGGGAAACAGAGACCACCUUUUCAGGGAGCCAUUCCUGCUCGCCAUCACAUCACUGCUCCACAGGGACUCCAACUUCAAGCCAAAGACACGAAAGCCACACUUGGAGCAUGGAACGGACAGAAAGUGUGACUUCAGACUGUCAGUCGGGGAUCAUGCUGUCUUCAGUGGGGACCAGCAAAUGCAACAGCCCGGCCUGUGUAGAGGCCCGCGCUCGGCGGGAAGCUGCAUUCUGUGAGGAUCAGCAGAGGCCAAUGACCCAGUACAGAGACUCAGUGGAUUCCCUUCGAGAUUCACCACACAGCGAGAGGUACGUGUCUGCCUUGACCACCCCAGCCCGCCUGUCCCCUGUUGACUUCCAUUGUUCCACGUCAGCCCACAUGCCCACCUUUGAGAUCACCUCCCCAAACUCAGCACACGCAGUCUCGUUACCCCCUGCGGCAUCCAUUAGCUUCCAAGUGGAAGAGCAGCAGCCAUUGCUUAGAAGGUACCAGGUCCCUUUCCAAGAAAUGCAGCGAUAUGAUAGUUACUACCAAAGAAGCAGCUACCUGAACGAGAGCACGGGGAGCUUGCCCUCCAGCCCCUUCCGCAUCACAGAGGACGACGAGUACGAGACGACACAAGAGUACAUCACCGCACUAGAACAUCCAAAGAGAAUAGGCAGUAGCAGCAGACGGUGGAGGAGAUCGAAACUCAACGGACAUCUGUCGCACAGGGGCAAAAUGCUCAGAGACUCCUUUUCAGUGAGCAGUGCCUCUUACAGCGAAUCUGACGAGGAGCUGGUAGCAGAGAGCACGCCUUUCUUAAGUCUUCGGAACACUGAAGCGAUGGAGACAGACUCACCCCCCCUGUAUCGCCCAGCAGAGAGCAGGACUUACUCUUCCUUCGACAGACACAGCACGCAGGGAGACCGCCACCUCUCGCACCCCACCAGGUCCAGCCAGGACUCAGCACCACCUUAGAGGCCCUGCGGAGGCUUCCUCGCAUGAACACACCCGCGCCGAGGAGGACAAAACGAACAGAACAGACAAAUUUUUAUUUUAUAUAAAAGAGGAAAAAAAAUAUAACAAAUGAAAUGUUUUAUUUUCAUUUUAGCAAUGGUGUCUUAUAAUAGCUCAUGGCAAAGACCGUUUUAUAAGGAAUCUCUAUUUAUAUGGAACAUCUUGAUUUACAGCUUCUGAGAAAAGAAUAAAUCGACAAAAAAAAUUUAAAAAGAAGAGAUGGGCCAAUUUUUGACUACUUACAAAUCAUUUAAAAAAAUAUCGUGGUGCCUUUUUGCUGUAUGCUAAUGCCAGAGUCCACUCUAAAGAUUAUGUUUAAGCAUCCUUGAGCUCAUAGGUUUUAUGUUCAGGGCAACUUGUUAUGGAAUAUUUUAAUGGGCACUUUUCCAUUUGAAUAAUAACAACAUUCUUAAAUUGCCUGAUAACUGGAUGUUGGUAAUCUAGUGCUUAAAUAUUGUGCGCUCUUUCUCUCUCUUCUCUCACUCUCUCUCACACACACACACGCUCACACACACACAAAGAGAUAUGUGAAUGGAUGUUUUCAUAAGUACCUUUCCCUUACAAGGGAAAAACAGGUGAAACAAUACAUGCUAUUAAGGGAAAAAAUCACAGUGUUGCUGCAAAGACAAGUCAGAAGUGAAAAAGCACACAAUUGUACCAGCCCUUCCAAUCUAUCUCUUGACCUGAACAGAUCUAUGAACAAGGCCAAACCCACUUAUGUUGUCACAGUGUUGUGAGGGGUGAAUCCCACAAAUCCAGUCUCUCAAACCAAUGUGGUUAAUGAAUGCUACUUUCAAGUAUUGCUGCCUAAAAUCUGCUUCCGCACUACCAAUUUGGAGACUAGCGACUCAUUCAUGGCUCUGAGCCACCGCUGUGCAUUUUGCAGAGCAAAAAAAAAGUGCGCAAUCCAGAUGCUGAUGCUGGCUUGAUCAUAACACGAAAGAGUGAGUCCCAUACUGGAGCAGUCAGGAUGUGCCAGGUGCUGUUGACGAGGUGUGGACACCACACGUAUUUUAAAAACUCCAGGUGAGGUAAGGGUCUCCUACAUGUCACCUCAACUCCCUGACCACCAGCUUUCCCUUAGUCCUCUUCUUCCUCCUCCUUACGCCUGAUACCAUGCCAUCCUUUCUCCCAUAGAAAGCAAGACUCCAGGAAGGACUUGGGGUGUCAUUGCCCAUGUGUAGCAUUUGGUCAGGAUAGCUGUCAAUGUAACAUCCUAGUGUUCCAGAAUGACUUCCUGUUAAACAGCAACCAGGAAUAGCCGCAUUGUUGGUCCCAAGACAGCCCUCUGUGUACAGGUUGGCUAGAAAACUCCCUUGAAAGAGAGAGAACCCCUCCCUUGUUCCUUUCAGUUUCUUGUGGGCCCCUCCUGUUUACAUCCUAGCCUGGCCUCUUUCUUUUCUUGUCUAUUUUGACUUCUGCAUGUCCUUUGCAUUUCAGAUACUGUAGAUUGGAUGCAUGGAGAAGCUGUGAUUGAGAAGAUAAAAUACAAUUGCCAGUGUAUUUCAUUUUAACUUUUAGCAAUAAAAAUAUUUUAAAACCCUUUGUUCCUCACCCACAACAGGGUCUAAUAGAAACGCUGCUAAUUUGUCAUAAAGAUGAUUGUAAAAAGAAUGCUCUGGAUUGUCUGAAUGUCAGAACUCUUGACUGUUUAACACUUGAACUUUUUUAUAUUAUAAAUAAAAGUGAGAAAUGACUACCACCA